GAGGGUUGGUGCAUACACUGACAUGAAGGGUGGUAUGAGUGAUACAAACCGUUCAUUGUCCUUGGCUAAAGUGGUUUUGAUUUAUCCGCCAACUUAAAGUUCGAUGAGAGGCCACGAGCGAGGGGCUUUUUUAGAGAUGCGUCUCAGCCUGAAAAGGGAAGUGGAAAAGUGCGACAGCACCUUGAAGGUUAUCUGAAGAUUCUUACAACCACCCUAUUGUAACCAGGUAAAAAGUAUUUAAACACUUGUAGUGCUGCAAAUUCUGUUAUAAUUCUCCAUUAAGCAUUAUGGAUUCGGUAACAGAAUUAUUGAAACGGGAAACCUGUGCUACAGACAGUGACUACAAUGGUGAGUACAUGGGUGCCAGAAUCUCGGCAGUUUUUGUUAUUUUGGUAACUUCCACCCUAGGGGCAUUGAUUCCAGUGAUUUCCACCAAGACAUCCGUAUCCUUCUUGAAAAUGCCCUCGUGGCUUUUCUUCGGGGCCAAGUAUUUUGGUACCGGGGUCAUUGUGGCUACUGCUUUUAUUCACCUUCUUCAACCUGCCAAUGAAAACUUAUCUAACGACUGCCUCAGUGCCACUUUCCGAGUAUAUCCUUGGGCUUUUGGGAUCGCCUUGUUGUCCUUGUUCUCGUUAUUCUUCUUUGAGUUGUUGGCAUUCAACUAUAUCAACAAAAAACUCGAAAGUACUAAUGGGGUACCACACAGCCAUUCUCACUUCGGAGAACUUGGAAAGAAAGAGAGCGAUAUUGAAGACGAGGAGGAAGAACACGAAAACAGCACCCCUGUUGUGUCCGCUUCCAAGGGUCUCUACCCAGAUCACUUUUCCCAUGCUGCCGAACACCAAGACCCUGAGAACUUGGACACUCCCUUGCAACAAAUGGACAAAGAACAAUACUACGGUCAAUUGGUCAGUACCAUUGUGUUGGAAUUCGGGAUUGUGUUCCACUCGGUUUUCGUGGGGUUGACGUUGGCGGUUUCUGGUGAUGAGUUCAAGACUCUUUACGUGGUGAUUGUGUUUCAUCAAACCUUUGAAGGGUUGGGAUUGGGAACUCGUAUAGCCGGUACCAGGUGGCCCAAAGGUAAAGAAUACUUGCCGUACUUGUUUAUAAUUGCCUAUGGUUUAACCACACCUAUCGCCAUAGCAAUUGGACUUGGUGUCAGGCAAUCAUAUGCCCCCAAUUCCCAAACCGCACUUAUUGUCAAUGGAGUGUUCGACUCGGUUUCUGCUGGUAUUCUUAUAUACACCGGUAUUGUUGAGUUGAUGGCUCACGAGUUUUUGUACUCGGAUCAGUUCAAAGGACCUGGAAGCUUCAAGCGCAUGGUUGCUGCUUAUAUUGUCGUUGUGUUCGGAGCUGGACUUAUGGCAUUGUUAGGGAGAUGGGCUUAGAUGCCUUUAAUAGAAUAAAAUAUAUACCAAAAGUUUC